AUGGCGGGAAAUAUCGCCCCAAAUAGCUAUAGUGACCCUGCAACCAGCGAGGCGAACCCGGCGAAUACUGAGUAUUUUCUCCGAGUACCUAAUGGCUUCACUCGGGAACUCACCGACAACCACAGUGGGGUUUCAUUGCAAAUGUUCCGAUCCGAGAAAGAUAUGAACGAAACACAGUGGAGAGGUGGUGAAAACUUCUUCGACGGCAAGCAUGAUGAUUUCUGCUUCGUGUGUGGAGGUACAAUGGAAUUAUUCGGGUGCCAAACCUGCGAAAACUGCUAUCAUGCUGAAUGCAUGACUCCAUCACCAGAUCCGGACAACCUACCAACGUUUUGGUUUUGUCCCCAUUGCGUCGACGAUGAAUUCCAUGUCCCCCCUGUGCCUUCACCUGCCACUUAUUUCACACCGAUUUCACCUCCACAUGUAGGGCAGACCCCCGCCGCAAAUAUACCAAAGGUAUCCCAGCCUAUCGAAAAGAGAAAUCUAGCAGAUCUUACCCCUCUCUCCAAUGCACACCAAGUUGCGAAUGCAGAUACGGAACAGAGCAGGGAGGGCACCAAAAAUGGAAGACCGGCAAAGCCCAUGGCCGGAGAACCGUCAACAUCUGCAAGGUUCAAUGCACUAGAGAACAUGCAGAGUCGAGGGAAGUCACGCCGGACAAAGCAUUCCUUUUCCCCUCCCCGGAAAAAGUCUAAGUAUUCUGCCCUUUCUUCUGAUGUCGACAAAGCUCUUUCUGUUAUCCAACGAGAGCUUGAAAAGGCUGCUCAGAUUGGCAGAUCGGAAGGAAAUCUUGAGGAUAAGAUUGAAGACCUGGAGCAGAGGUUGAGGAUACAUGACGGCCAGAUGCUCUUGAGUAGUCGAGAACUUGAACUGGCAAAAAAGAAUCUUGCAGCUGAGCGCCGCCAUUCGGAAACUGUUCGAUCUGAGCAUGCACAUUACAAGGAAGAAGUUGUGACGAAAUGUCGUGAGUACUUGAUGUCAUCUGCAUUCGGCCAUCAUGGAGUAUUCUACGAAGGAACACAAGCAAACACAGCAUAUCGACUAUUCGCGCUAAUCUACGCACUUCAUCUGAUCGAAGACGAUCGACCAACAACUCUAAUGGAUUCUCUGCUUGAUCUCUUUCUCAAGGAAGGACUUGCUAGACAUCCGGAAUCAAGUUUGCUAGCUACAUUCAACUCUACUUUCCUCCACAGACCUGCUUCCAGCAAUGGACCGACGAAGAAACUCACGUCUAUUCAAGUCCUCGGGGGAUGA